CCAGAGUCACGAGGCUGAAAGGAAAGUGAAACCGAGCCGGUGUGGCGACGCUGUCAGCUUUCCAUAUCUUUCGCUUCGUCGUUCUGAGGAAACGUUUGACAAUGCGUCCAUUUAAUAUAAGAUAAACUUUAUUUUUGUUUGUUUUAUGCCAUCGAUGUUCUGAACUGUCCAGGAAUCGUAUAAGUGUGAGGAUGAAGAUGAGGAAGAUUCGCACACUUACGGAGUAAUUAUGAAGUUUCUGCUGUAGGCAAUAACAGUUCAAGGAGCACUGCAGAAAGAUAACAGCAUAGCAAUAUGGCUACCAGUAAUCUCUUUGAAUGGCAGUUGUUUGAUGGACAGAAGUGGUCUAGUAUCUGUAAUGAUAUAUUUAUUGAAUCCCAUUACUGUCAGCCAGGAGCUACUGGUAUUACCAUCAACACCAGCAUGGGAUCACUCUAUAUUGACUUUGAUGCUAUGACAGUCAGUGGGCCUUUUGCUAACCUCAGUAUACGGCGAAAUAUGUUUCUGUCCCACAACCAAAAACAAGAAGUUGGCUGGUACUACAAAGAUAACCAUCGCUGGUGUGAAUAUGGAUCUCAGGGAUUGUCUGGGAACACAUCUUCAAUUACAAGUGAUUCUAUAGAGCAACAGUACAUCAAAAACCCAAAUGGCUCAAUUCAGUUUUCUGCAGGGCACAUGAAUUACACUGUGGACUUCACUGCCAUGACUCAAACAAACAUGUACACACAUAUGAGGAGGAAAGUUAGAAGGCGGCCAAAAUUCAAUUCAACAGUAACAGUCAACAGCAGUUUACCAACAAUUGCAUAUCCUGUACAUUUGCCAAAUAUAUCUACUGAAUGCAUCUGGGAGUUUAUGGGUGAUGAAGGGAUCUGGACUGAGUUCCAGAAACCAGGAUGUUCAUUGGAUAGCGCAGAUAUCGAGAGAUUGUAUCAGCAAAACCCUCAAUCCCAGGUUUCAUUCACUGCUGGACGACAAAAUUACACACUUUGCUUAAGUGGAAUGUAUCAAAUAAAUAACCUGUAUGGUACGAAAAGAGUUGUGAGGAGAAUAGCAGGUGGAACCCAGCAAACAAACAGUCAAUUUCCACAAGCUCGCUGGCAGUUCAAAGACAUGGAUGGUUUAUGGAAGAAUUAUAAUAAGGGUGGUUCUCGAGGUUAUUGCAGUGUAUCAAGUGAAGAUAUUGAGGCCCAGUACCAGCAAAACCCUUCAGGUACAAUGAAUUUCAGAGCGGGCAGAUUCAACUAUGACCUAAACUUCUCAGACAUGACCCAGACAAAUCUGUCCACUUACACUAUAAGAGAUGUACGCCGCCUUUAGCAAGGGGACCUCACCUGCCAAUUCUUACAGUAUGCAUCUUUAUACACUGUAAACAACUUAAAUUAAUAAGUCAUUUCCACUUACUUGACUUGUGAGGAGUUGGUAUAAAUAAAAUUAUAAGUUGAAUAGGCUUAAGUUAUAACAACUUAAUUUUUUUAAUAAUUUGUUGCAAUCUAGUCAAAAAAAGUUUAAAUGACUGCUUAAUUCAAUUGUUUAAACUGAAACAAGGAAUUUUUACAGUGUAUUCAUUUCCUCAGGAAGCCAACUUCUCUCUAACCUCUCAUAUACACUGCCACUAUUAAACUGUAUGGUAUUUUUUUUAACAAAUGGCUCCGGUCCUGCUGAUAUUGUAUGGUCAAUAGCUUUGCUUUAUUCUCAAAGUGCAGCUAUAACCUCUUUACUAGCCCACAGAUUUUAUCACUGCACGAACACACAUAUUAUUUAUUUUCUUAAAUUUCAAGCAAUACGCAAACAAAUAAAAGCUAAUAUAUGUAUAUGUUUUUAACUUUUUUCGAAUCAUAACUGUUUACUAGGAAUCCAGUGCAUUAUCUGAUUGACUUACUGUGCAAUUACGUUGGGUUUCCCAUUAUUUUUGUUUUACUACACUGGUUAUAUUAAUUAAAGAAGAAAUAUAUGAGAAGAGAGAUAUAUUCAGACAGUUACAGUAAUAAAUAGUGAUGCACCGAUGUAUCGGCCGCCGAUAUUUAUCGGCCGAUUUUUGAUGAAUUUGAAACCAUCGGCAUAUCGGCAAUAGCACGAGAAAGGCCGAUACCGAUUGUUUAUUAAUUAACUGCAUAAAGAAAUCCAUUAUAUGCAAAAAAUGAGUUAAUGUUGUUAAUAAAAUAAAUGCUGAAUAGCAAAAACCACCUUUGAAGGUUGUCAUGUUGUCUUAUUAUAUUUGUUUUAGCUUAAUUUGUGCCUCUCUUAUUAUGUUGGUCAGUUGAAUGUUAAUUAGAUCAAAUCCAUGUUCAGUAAAAAUUAUUUGAUGCAGAAAUAAACUAGCUAAUAGACCAACUGUAUAGUAUUGUAUACAAGUGUUUAAUAUCGGUAUCGGCCAGAAGUUGUCUGUUUAAAUCGGCAUCGGCCCAAAAAAAUCCUAUCGGUGCAUCCCUAGUAAUAAAUGUGCUUUCUUUCCCUAUUAAAACUUGUAUUGGUGCUAAUAAUGUGGUUGUAGGAUUAUGAAAACUGACAAAGGAAGAUAUUUACGCUUUGGGUAAUGAAAUUUUGAUAAAUCCUGCCAAAGGCAUGACAGGAUUUUAAAUGUAAUGUGCUUGUAUAACUGGAUCAUUAAUAUGUACUGCCAUAUAUUUUCUUUAAUAAAACAUGCAUGUUUUAAAACAAAGAAA